AAUACAUACACAAAUCACGAUUGGCUCGAGACAGUUCACCCCUGUAGCACAGUAUGUCCAAGUAGUUUAGUCAGUGUUGUAAGUUGUACAUGUCAUUUUAUAUUAUUCCAGCCUGCGGUAGGUUACUGUAUGUUAGUUUUAACAGCUGUAGCUAGCUGUUAGCGUGCUAAAGAACGUGCUAACUCGGCUUGCUAGCUAACGUUAGCAGUGCGCAGGUGACUAUAGUUUAAGCUAACUGACUGACAGAGGACACAAUCAUGGCUUACACGCAGAUACUGAAAGCUCUGCACCGGAGUCUAAAACAAACAGCGACACAGUACUGUGUGCAGCAAUGCAAGCUCACUCAGGUCAGUGUGCUGGUCCACACACAGAGGACAGUGUCAACAGUGUCGAGACUGACCUUCCACAGAAGAGCCGAGGCUCCUUCGUGUGUCACACCAGGACUGAGCUGCUUCAUCCAGGCUCACAGGCUGAGGGGGAUUUCUCUGGACUCUACGGCCAGAAGUCAAAGCAGCCCCGAGGACAGAGACAGGUCGGUGUCCAGGUACCAGAGUGGGAGCCCACAGCCUUCAGCUGCACAGAAAGUGAAAGAAGCCGGCAGAGACUUCACCUACUUGAUAGUUAUACUUGUCGGGCUUGGAGUGACAGGUGGGCUGUUAUACGUGGUGUUUCAGGAGCUGUUUUCUUCCUCGAGUCCAAAUAAAGUCUAUGGCAAAGCCUUCAACAAGGUCAAGUUAGACCCAGAGGUGAUUGGUGCAUUUGGGGAGCCAAUCAAGUGCUAUGGGGAGGUUACCCGUCGAGGAAGGAGGCAGCAUAUCAGUCAUCUGGAGUACCUGAAGGACGGACUGAAACACAUGAGACUUAAGUUUUACAUUGAAGGCUCUGAGCCCGGCCUCAAAGGAACUGUACACUCAGAGUCAAAAGAGAAUCCUGAAACUGGAAAAUAUGAGUUUCGCUACAUAUUUGUGGAAAUGGACACCUACCCAAGACGAACCAUCAUUGUGGAAGAUAACCGAUAAGAAAUGACUCAGGAGUAUAUCUUCUCUGGAAAAUCAUUGUGAAAAUGAGACGUGUGUUUGUGUCACUGGACUAAUAGCUGCCAAUUUACUUUAAAUGUAAGUUUAAUUUACUAUAAAAAGCUGUUAUGUUCAACAUCAACAGUUUGGGCUGUUUUAAACUUGGCCACAACAACAGAGCAGUGGGUGAAAAGCUUUGCAGAGUACAGGUUCUUGCACAGAAAAUAAUCAUCACUCUUAUGUGUUAUUGUUUUAUAAAUAAUACACAUGUGCUACAAGUCGUUUUUUAAAUGAAAUACCACAGGAUGGACUACAUUUUUGAAUAAACUGCAAUCAGAGAUGCAUAAGUUGUAAUAAAAAAUGUUUGUACAUGAACAGACAUGCAGCAAAAUACAGUACAGUUUUAUUUCUCAUUUCAUUUCUAUUUUGUGUUAUUUUAACACAACGUUCACCCUUAUUAGGUCAUUGUGUAAAUUACUAUGUAAAGUCUGUCAUUUGAAAGACCUUGAAAAUGUUGCAGGGUCCUUUUGUUCUGCUUAGAGCCAAGCUCACUCAGUCACUUUCUGUGUAUUUUGAAAGGUCUGUUUUCCUUUUAAAUUUCCAUAUUUAUUUUUAGUCUUUGUUUACUGCAUACUUAUGUAUUUAGUUAUCUUUUAGAUUGCAUUAUGAGACAAUGACCACUAGAUGGAGGCAAAGAGUGGAGAGAUAGCAACAACCUGAUAUGACCUUUUAGAUUAUUUAAUAAUUUCUCAUCUAUUUACAGUGUUAUAUGUGUUUGAGUUGGUAUUUUGCUUAGUUUUUCAACACAUUUUUUAAUGUACUCGGGGGGAAAGAGCCUGAAAAGUCGAUAAUAUUUGAACAUCUGAUUUUAAAUAAUGAACAAUUAGGUUACUCUUGACAUUAUUCAACUUCUUAUUGUGUUUUUUGACGCGAUGAUACACAUAUAUAGUGUGAAGACAUCAUUUAUGACAAUGAUCUGUAUUUGGUUUCAUUUUUACUCCUUUGUCAUGCAAGCAUGUGCUGCCUUCCAUGACCCUCGGAAUUUCCUGAUUUAUGAAGGACUUUUAUGAAAUACCACAGCAAUAACCGAGGAAUAUCACUUUUUAAUCGCUUUUUUGUGAUAACGCUGUUGCUGACACGUCAUAAGUAUUUUGAAUCAUUUGAUAAAUGUACUGUUUGUGGAACUUCUAGCGGCUAUACAUUUUUUUAAAACAACUGUGAACCUACCUGAGAUGAACUUUCUCAUUUCCGCUAUCCUUUGGCAGAACAAAGUAGCUCCGGUGACAGUGGUGACAAAACAAUAGGGACAUACAUUUUAAGAUAGCAACAACAACACUUCGACAUCAACACGAACCGAUUAAUUGGAAAUAUUACGUCGGUGUUGAGGGGGAGCAGCUUACGGGAAGCUCUAAAGGCAUCAGUGCUCUGAACACCGCCCACCGUUAAACCAAAGGCAGCAUUGAACGCACAGGGACGUGCUAAUGCAGUUAACGCUAGCUCAAACUCUGUAGGACUAGUUUAGUUUAUUCAAUGUCAAGUUAACGAGUAGCCUGUCGAGUAACUAGCUAGUAACCUUGUAUAUAACACCAAGAAGCUGUGUUCAUGAGGCAGGUCAAAUUUCAGUUGUUUUCACCGCGGCGUGGGUAUAUAGUGAAGGGGCUGUUGUUGUUGUUGUUGUGGCCUGCUACACGAUAAGCUGAGCUAAGCUAAGCUAAGCUAGGUGUAGCCUCAGCUGGUUCCUGGAGCUCUGCUCGUCACAUCUCCGAAACGACACGGGAAAUGACACACCUUUCCAGCUAACUAAGGCCGAGCUGUCGCUAUAUAAACAAGUUGUGGUUUUGGCCAGGGAUCAGCAAGUUCCCCAGCUAUGAGAGCCUCUACACACUAAUUGACAUCUCACAAAAAUGGAGCUGUACUGGUACAUAGUUGUAAUCAUAUUCAUCAUCAUCAAGAUAUUCUUCUAUGUGUGCUGGUACCGAUCAAGACAGAGGCAACUGGCAGCAUACUUAAGCAACCCACGCAAUGCUCAGAUAGUCAUUGUUGGAGGAAGGGCCUACCUCCAUCAGAUGUGUGAGAGACAGAGUCAAACGUCUGUCUGGCCUAGUUGGUAUGGCGUUCAGGAUGACCUGUCGAUAGAAGAGCCCUCCACAGCCCUGCCACCAGCUGCAUCCUUCUCCCACUUGGACAUGCCACCACCAUAUGAGGCAGUCUCUGGAGAGGAUGAUCUAAAGCCGCCUCCCUACAGCGAGUGUGCUAACAGCGACGAGGCCGACGCUCCCCGCCCCUCCCAUCAAGCUCCUCUCAUUUCAGAGGGAGGAGACAACAUUAGCGUAAAUGAAGCCCCACCCCCCUACACACUGUCCCCCCCCACACAAGUCAGUCAACAAGACGUCCCUGUGAGCCACAGUGAGUCCCAGUCAGAGAACAGGUCCACCUAAUCAAACCCCUGAUGCCAGUUUGCCUUUUCCAUGCACUGCCUUCCUAUAUUCAACCUCAGUGAUCGUUGCCAGCCUAACUCUCAUCACAUGAGAGCAGAUGUUUAUUUGGAUGUGUGUGUGUGCGUGUGUGUGUAUGCGUGUGUGUUUGGUGGUUUUUAGAUCCAAGUUGUUUUUCUACUUUGUAUUGUUUAAAAAAAAAAAAAAAGAAGAAGUGGUCAUCUGAUGAGUUUGGCAAUAACGGAUCACAUCAGCAAGCCU